CCGGCUGCCGCCGCCGGUAACCGCCCGCCACGGGCCCCACAGCGCCGGCACCGCCGGUAACCGCCCGCUGCGGGAGGAGCGGCCUCGCCGUGCUCGGUAACCGGGCCGGGAGAAGCGGCGGGCGCUCAGCCCCGCGGGAGAUAACCAAGAUGCACUUCCAGUGGGACUGGCUGUGCUUGGGUGUCCUGAUAAUUAGCUCAGUGACUGUGGGAAUGGAAAACAAAGAAAAUCUGGAUGCAGAUGUUGAAGUGGAGAAUUUUGACAAGCAGUCCCAAGAAGCUGAUGUUGACAGAGAUAAAUCUUCUCUGGAGGUUGUGUACCAGACUCCAAAGCCAACUGGGGAAGUAUAUUUUACAGAAACCUUUGAUGAAGGAUUGUCGGGGUGGGUAUUUUCUGUAACUCUGAAAGAAGACACAGAUGAUAACGUUGCUAAAUAUGAUGGAAGAUGGGAAGUAGAAGAGCUGAAAGAAAAUGCACUGCCUGGAGACAGAGGAUUAGUGUUAAAAUCAGUGGCAAAGUAUCAUGCAAUUUCAUCAAUGCUAACAAAGGCAUUUGUUUUUGAAGAUAAACCUUUGAUUGUUCAAUACGAAGUGAAUUUCCAAAAAGGCAUUGACUGUGGCGGUGCAUAUAUUAAACUUCUCUCCAGUAGCAAUGACUUGAAUCUGGAGUACUUUUUUGACAAAACACCUUACACUAUUAUGUUUGGACCAGAUAAAUGUGGAGAAGAUUACAAACUACACUUUAUCUUCAGACAUAAGAAUCCUAAAACUGGAGAAUAUGAUGAAAAACAUGCUGUACGUCCUGAUGUAGACCUAAAGAAAUUCUAUUUGGACAAGAAGACACAUCUAUAUACUCUUGUGCUAAAACCAGAUGAUACAUUUGAAAUAUUAAUCGACCAAACAGUUGUCAGUAAAGGAAGUCUUCUUGAGAAUAUGAUUCCUCCGGUAAAUCCUUCCAAAGAAAUAGAGGAUCCUACUGAUAAGAAGCCUGAUGAUUGGGAUGAGAGACCAAAAAUACCUGAUCCAAAUGCUGUCAAACCAGAUGACUGGGAUGAAGAUGAGCCUGCCAGAAUAGAAGAUCCUGAUGCUGUUAAGCCUGAGGGUUGGCUUGAUGAUGAACCACAGUAUGUUCCAGAUCCUAAUGCAAAAAAACCAAAGGACUGGGAUGAAGAAAUGGAUGGGGAGUGGGAAGCCCCUCAGAUCCGUAAUGCAAAAUGUGAGACUGCACCUGGUUGUGGAGAGUGGGUGCGUCCCAUGAAGAAUAACCCAAAGUAUAAAGGAAAAUGGAGAGCACCGAUGAUAGAUAAUCCUAACUAUCAGGGAGUCUGGAGCCCUCGGAAAAUACCAAACCCAGACUAUUUUGAAGAUCUUCACCCAUUCAAGAUGACUGCUGUCAGUGCUAUUGGUUUAGAACUCUGGUCUAUGACAUCUGAUAUCUACUUUGAUAACUUCAUCAUAUGUUCAGAAAAAGAGGUAGCAGAUCGCUGGGCAGCAGACAGCUGGGGCUUGAAGAAAUUAGUAGCAAGUGCUAAUGAGCCUGGUAUGUUUAGUCAAUUGGUGACUGCUGCAGAAGAACACCCAUGGCUCUGGGUUCUUUACGUCUUGACUUUAGCUCUCCCCAUUGGUCUAAGUGUGUUGUUCUGCUGGCCAGGAAAGAAAUCAGAUGAAUAUAUUGACUUCAAAAAGCCUGAUGUAUCUAAGCAAAUUACAAAGGGAGAACUAAAAGAAGAGACAGAGGACCUUGAAGAUUAUGAACUAGAAGAAGAAAAAGAAAAUGAAGAUACUGAUGAAGAUGAGAGAAGAGAAAUAGAAGGGACAAAAAGAGAAUUUAAAAAGGAUAAUACAAAGAAGAUGGGAAGGGAGGCUCCUGUUUCAGAAGUUGACGGUGAAGGUCGUGAAGAUAUUUAUGAUGAUGAAGAAGAAAAUGAAAUUCCAGAUGGAAGUCAAGGUGAUUGGUCAAAUAAAUCUGAUUCAGAAGAUGAGAAGAAAGAAGCUGAUGAAGGAAUGGGAGAUCGUCCACUGAAAUCAGUGCGCAAAAGAAGAGUACGAAAGGACUGAGUUAUUUCCAGCUGGUGUUUGCAGGUCUAGAGACAGUGACGGUAACUUCUGGUGUGUCACUUCAGUGAGCCUGGCAAAUUCCUGAGCUUUGAUGGGAAAAGGAGGGGCUUAUUGCUGUUUAACCUCCUAUUUUAAUUAUCUGGCCUCUUUAACCAUCCCAAACUUCCUCAAUUCCUUUUUUUUAAGGAUAAAUGUGAAGAGUUAGCUGGUAUUUAAAAUUCAAAAUAAAAGGGAAAUUACAAGUUGACCAACUGAUUUUUAGGUGAAGAUUCUUAAGAUUUGAAGUUUCUUAGAAAUUAGUAUUAGUUGGAGAUAAACUUACUCAAAAUAUUUUUUUAAAUAAAUGCAUUAUAAUACUUUUGUAGCUCUAGCACAAAAUAAACUGUUUACAGUUUUCAGCUUAAAGAUGAUGGUAGGUAUAGAUGUAGCAUCUAUAGCAGUUCACAAUGCUAUGAGAAAAGGUAUUAUUUUCUGUGCAGAGCUAAAUGCAAUAAUUGUUUUUGUAUGAUGAUUUUGUGCUAGCAACAAUUUUUAUUGUAAAUUAUUUAUUUUAGCUGAUCUUGUUACAUGGGUCACCUGUUCACUUUAGGCAUUUGCUGCAGUAAUUUAUUUUCAAGAUAUAUUUUAAAACACAAUACAAGUGGUAAUUGAUGUUAUUUGUUUUACUCUUGAAUGCAGGUAUCAAAUCUGCAGGUCAUAUACAGAUGAUUUUUUCAAACUUUCAUAGUUCUCAUGUUCCAAACCAGAGUGGUAUAACCUGUUUCUAGAAUACUUGCUAAGUAUAUAUUGUCACCUAAAAUAUUUAUUAAUUCUUGCUUAAUAUGAAAUUUAUUAAUAUAGAUAAGAAUUUUUGAUGGAUUAAGUUUUUUACGAUGUGAGUAACUUGAGUAUUCUCAUAGUUUAAAUAAACUGCUUAUUGUAAAGAAACAUUGUUUCAUUGAAGUUCAGCUGUAUAUUAAACAAUAAAAUUUCAGUCACCAGAAACCUCUUGCUGCUUGGCAGCUGCCUGUAGUAGUAGUAGAAUGUGUAAAUGCUAAAUUCUGUAUUACAGUAGAAACACAUUAAUUCAUAAGGAAUCUAAUAGAUUUUCUUGUGCCUGUCAUAAAAUUUGUCCACUUUAAAAAGUAUUUUCACAGCAGAUUCCAUGGAAGUCUCUAAGAAAUGAAUGCUUAAUCCUAGUGAAGAAGCCGGUGUCCUCAAGUGCUUGUUUUGAAGUGUUCAAAAGUUAAUUAUACUUGACUUCUAUGUGGUGUGAUUUACAUGGAAAUGUCUCUAGGUUUUUGUUUAAUCUGGGGCUUUUUGUGUCUUUUUUUAAGUUAACUGCAAGUUCCCACCUCUUUAUUUAGAGCCUCCAUGUAAAAGCUAAGAAGUGAAGACUCCAGAUUACUCCUCAGCAAUAGAUAGAUGCUUUUACCAGUGUAGUAUCCUGCUGACAACAGUUACUGUGAGCUGUUGGAGCUCACUUUUUAAAUGAAUUAUGUCUAAGUCUGAUAGAAGUCCUUUGGAAUUGUUACAGCAUUUGGGUGUCUUGGGGGUCUGGUUUGUUUGUUUGCCUAGAGGUUUAGGAGGGUUUUUUUUCCUCUGAUAUGUGAUAGUUACUCUAGUUACUGUAGUUUCUUUGAUGUGAUUUACUUACUCCAGUCACCCCAUGGGAGAUGCUCAUCUUCUCUUAGGGUUUUGAACCUAAAGUUCCCAUAAAAUAUUGGUUGAUUUCCCAUCAGCUUUGAUCACCUAGAAUCUGGAGAGAGCAGACAUCCUUCUGCACAUCAUCUUACUCGGAUCUAGAUUUAUGCUGGUAAUUGGAGCAGAAAUACCAGAGAUGUUGAAGAUUUAAGGCUCUAGAGGUAGAAAGCCAGGCAGAAGGGCAGCCCCUCUUCAUUGAUACAAUGCAACAGUGAGAUUUCACCCACACUUCCUGUGCAGUGUCUAUUUUUAUCUGAACACGUAUUUCAGUAAACAUACUUCAUCUUGCUAUCAUGGUUGCUUGAAAGAGCUUUAAAAUUAACAAAAUAAUGAUCCUCAGUUUCAGCAUGUCUUGCUAUUAAAACUGUCAGUCACCUUUGGAACUCUGUAAGUAACAAGUCCUCUACAGCCUGUGCUCCCCCUCUGACAAUGUUGUAGCUUGGUAAAAGAGUUCUUACUGAGGAUGCCAGAUCCCCAGCUGAACACUUCAUAUGCAGGGAAAGCCAAGUAGUACUGAGGCCCUUUUAUUUAGUUACAGUUGAAGCUACUCCUCAGUUGGCAUCUACAUUCAUGAAGGUCUGAUGUAGUAAUAAUUCUGGGUUCUGUCUAACGUAAAGCUCACUAAAAGUGUAGGAAAAAGUAACAUUUCUAAUUUGACUUAACAGUCUCCCAGAUGGAAAACUACGUUUUAGCUUUUUUACAACAGUGUAUGCAGUCUAGUGAUCCUUUUACUUUAGCAAGAACAGAAAAGUACACAGAAAUUUAAGAUGGAUGACUGAAAAUAGAAGUGAGUCAGGAACUGAAGCUUUGUUAAGACUAGAUUCACUAACUUGGGUUUAAUCUCAAUUACAUCUGUUUUUUCAGACAACUCAGCUAUGUCAAAACUUUAAGUUGCUUUUUCACCUUUGACUACAGAUAGUUACGAGAAGUUUUAGGGUUUACAAAUGUUAAACCAAACUAAUUGAGACAAAUGAAAAGUUUUUAUUUGGUGUAAAGUCAGAAAUACAAUAUCUUUAAAAUGUUCGUAAGUUAAAUGAAGGCCACAGUUGUGGGAUGCAAAAUGGCAUGGAAAUGAAAUAACUGCUGUAUACACACUGAUGGAUAAAAUACCACUAUCCAAUCUACAAUACAAAACCAUGAUUUUAAAAUUACCUUAUACUGGGAAUUGCUGAAGUCUAUCAAGCGCAUGCUGUGUUACCAGGUGAUCUACCGUGCAGAUGGAGAUGGCAGUGACAUGGUUUUAAAGCUACGAUGGCUGUAAUGCAAUCUUUAGAAGUCAACUGCUUGCUGUGAUUUUUCUUCCUUUAAUGCUCAAAUUCUGGACUAGCCGUGUGAUAUACUCUACCUGCUAGCAAUUCUUAAAUUAAUUUAGAGUUCCAGUAAUGUGAGAAAGUAUUCUAUAGAAGAUUAGAAUUAAUUUUAGGUGUUGACAAUGAUCCCAUGACACAAAUGGUGUCAUCCAUUUUUCAUCGAGUUUCUUGACCCAGACUUGUAAACAGCCCUCGAGACUGUACUAUUAGUGCUUUGUUUGCAGUCUUUUGACUUUGUUUAGUGUCUUUUGAUUCCAGUGAGCAUUGUACAACCAUUUUAAAUGUGGAGAAAUGGGAAACCUCACCUUUGGGAGGGGGAAACCUCACAAUGUCAACUUACACUUGAGACAUAGCAGUACCUAGCUGCUAAGAAACCUGGGAUUUGGGAUGGGAUUUAUUAUUCUAUUACACUGACUCAUUCACACCAUGCUUGAGAGAGAUCCUUGAAGUAGUGAUUUCCUUUUAAAAGGUCAAGUAAAAUGGCUUCAUUACUGAAGCGACAACUCAGUCCUAGCCAACAUCCAUAAGUAAAUCUGCAGUGCUACUGUAGGGCAAGAUGAAACAUGCAAUUAAGUACUGCUGAAAUUUACAUACUUGUUUAUAUUUCAGCUUCUGCUCUCCCUUAAUACUGAUUAUGCUGGAUAUGCUGCCUCUGUGGGAAGU